CCGAGCUGUGCCAACAACCGCAUCUUCCAUCUCCUCGUUGGGAAGUGCUGCAAUAACCACACAUCUGUACAUCCCGCGUCGAUUCUUACAUCGCUUGUCCAUUUGAGAAGCUGUCAGAAUGACUGACUCAAAGUAUUUCACCACCAACAAAAAAGGAGAAAUCUUUGAGCUGAAGGCCGAGCUGAAUAAUGAGAAGAAGGAGAAGAGGAAAGAGGCAGUGAAGAAAGUCAUCGCCGCCAUGACGGUGGGCAAGGAUGUCAGUUCGUUGUUUCCAGAUGUGGUGAACUGCAUGCAGACGGACAACCUGGAGCUGAAGAAGCUGGUUUACCUGUACCUUAUGAAUUAUGCCAAGAGUCAGCCGGACAUGGCCAUCAUGGCAGUUAACAGCUUUGUCAAGGACUGUGAGGAUCCAAACCCUCUGAUCCGUGCUCUGGCUGUGCGCACGAUGGGUUGUAUCCGCGUGGACAAGAUCACUGAGUACCUCUGUGAACCUCUGCGAAAGUGUCUGAAGGAUGAAGACCCGUACGUGAGGAAGACUGCAGCCGUGUGUGUGGCCAAACUGCAUGACAUCAAUGCUCAGAUGGUGGAGGACCAGGGCUUCCUGGACUCUCUCCGGGACCUGAUCGCUGACUCCAAUCCCAUGGUUGUGGCCAAUGCAGUUGCUGCUCUGUCUGAGAUCAGCGAGUCUCACCCCAACAGCAACCUUCUGGACCUGAACCCUCAGAACAUCAACAAGCUUCUGACGGCUCUUAAUGAGUGCACUGAAUGGGGCCAGAUCUUCAUCCUGGACUGCCUCUCCAACUACAACCCCAAAGACGAGCGGGAGGCCCAGAGUAUCUGUGAGCGGGUGACGCCACGUCUCUCGCAUGCUAAUUCAGCUGUGGUGCUUUCGGCGGUAAAGGUACUGAUGAAGUUUUUGGAGCUCCUGCCCAAAGACUCUGAUUACUACAACACUCUUCUGAAGAAGCUCUCUCCUCCCCUCGUCACACUGUUAUCUGGCGAACCAGAGGUCCAAUAUGUGGCGCUCAGGAAUAUCAACCUUAUUGUGCAGAAACGGCCUGAGAUUUUGAAGCAAGAGAUUAAAGUGUUCUUUGUCAAGUACAAUGACCCUAUAUAUGUCAAGUUGGAGAAACUGGACAUCAUGAUCCGACUAGCCUCUCAUGCCAACAUCGCCCAGGUCCUGGCUGAGCUGAAGGAAUAUGCCACUGAGGUGGAUGUAGACUUUGUUCGGAAAGCCGUGCGAGCCAUUGGUCGCUGUGCCAUCAAAGUGGAGCAAUCCGCUGAGCGCUGUGUUAGCACCCUGCUGGACCUUAUCCAGACCAAAGUCAACUACGUCGUGCAGGAAGCCAUUGUGGUCAUCAGGGACAUCUUCCGCAAAUAUCCCAACAAGUAUGAGAGCAUAAUCGCCACUCUGUGUGAAAACCUGGACUCUCUGGAUGAACCUGACGCUCGAGGAGCCAUGAUCUGGAUUGUUGGCGAAUAUGCAGAGCGUAUCGACAACGCUGAUGAGCUACUGGAGAGUUUCCUCGAGGGCUUCCAUGAUGAAAGCACUCAGGUCCAGUUGACUCUGCUGACAGCCAUAGUGAAGCUGUUCCUGAAGAAGCCCUCUGAGACUCAGGAGCUGGUUCAGCAGGUGCUCAGUCUGGCCACUCAGGACUCUGAUAACCCUGACCUGCGUGACCGCGGCUACAUCUACUGGCGUCUGCUGUCCACUGAUCCUGUCACCGCUAAAGAGGUGGUGCUGUCUGAGAAACCUCUGAUCUCAGAGGAGACGGACCUGAUUGAGCCCACCCUGCUGGACGAGCUCAUCUGCCACAUUGGCUCGCUGGCCUCAGUCUACCACAAGCCCCCAAAUGCCUUUGUGGAGGGAAGCCAUGGCAUUCAUCGCAAACAUCUGCCCAUCCAGCACGGCAGUAUCGACACCGGGGAGAGUCCCGUCAGUACCGGCCCGGCUGCUUCCAUUGAUCAACCCCAGGUCAUCCCAUCUCAGGGUGACCUUCUGGGAGACCUGCUUAAUCUGGACCUCGGGCCACCGGUCAAUGUGCCCCAGGUGUCCUCCAUGCAGAUAGCGGCUGUGGAUCUCCUGGGAGGUGGUCUUGACAGUUUGCUCGGGGGAGAUCUGGGAGGAGGUGUUGGGGGCAGUCCUGCAGUGGGCCAGAACUUCAUCCCAUCAUCGGUGCCCAACACCUUUGCACCAUCUCCGACACCUGCCGCUCUUAGCAGCGGACUCAAUGACCUGUUUGAGUUGUCCACAGGAAUGGCCACUGCUACAGGAGGAUAUGUGGCUGCUAAAACUGUGUGGCUGCCAGCAGUCAAGGCCAAAGGACUGGAGAUUUCUGGAACCUUCUCUCGGCGUCAAGGGCACAUGUAUAUGGACAUGACCUUCACCAAUAAAGCAUUGCAGCAUAUGACUGACUUUGCCAUCCAGUUCAACAAGAACAGUUUUGGUGUAAUCCCCACCACACCUCUCCCCGUCCACACUCCACUGAUGCCCAGUCAGAGCAUCGACAUCUCCCUCCCGCUCAACACCAUCGGCCCUGUGAUGAAAAUGGAUCCACUCAACAACCUACAGGUGGCCGUGAAAAACAAUAUUGAUGUCUUCUACUUUAGCACGCUGAUCCCUCUCAAUGUCUUCUUCGUGGAGGAUGGCAAAAUGGAGCGUCAGGUGUUCUUGGCCACAUGGAAGGACAUUCCUAAUGAGAAUGAGCUGCAAUACCAGAUCAAAGACUGCCACUUAAACGCAGAUACGGUGUCGGGCAAACUGCAGAGCAACAAUGUCUACACCAUCGCAAAGAGGAACGUGGAAGGCCAGGACAUGUUGUACCAGUCGCUCAAACUCACCAACGGGAUCUGGAUUCUCGCCGAGCUCCGCAUACAACCCGGCAAUCCCAAUUACACGCUGUCUCUGAAGUGCAGGGCUCCAGAGGUUUCUCAGUACGUGUACCAGAUGUACGAUGCCACUCUGAAGAACUGAGCGUCUCUCUUGUCCUUUUUCUUCCUCUACACACACCUCUUCUUCCCCAGCCGCCGCCACCACCGGCAUAGAAUCCUGCUCUCCAAUGAUUUUCUGCCGUUGUUUUCCAUCCAUAGGUACCAGUUUUACUCGAUGUGCCCUGCAAAGUUCUGUUCUUGCCAAAUGUCUCGAUGUGGUUGAAAAAAAGUGGGGAUUUGGCAACACAGUUCCCAUGUGAUUUCUAUCGUUCUUUUCAAUUGUUUGAAUGCGUUCACCUUCACAUGCCAUUAUCAUGUACGAACAGGAAAAAAACGUGCGUGGAAUAUUUAGAAACGUAAUGCGAGUGUAUUUUCAUUUCAAGAGCACUAUAUCCCGAUGUUAGCCAAAAUGAAAACGCUUAAUAGUACAUGCUAACUAUCUGAUAGUAGCCUCGCAUGCUUUUUGACCAACAUAAAAAAAUAUCACAUUCCUUUUUUUAACAUUUCGUGUAAUCGUUCACCAACAUGUCAACACUCCAUCAACGUCUCCGAUGGUUUCAACUGCUAUAAAUCAACCUAACGUGAAGCAGAAAACCGACUUUCUAUCAAUUGAUCUUGUGUAAGUGGGUCAUCUGAUAUUCAUUCCCAGAUUGAGUCCAUUCAUUUGUGAUAUAUCGUGCUUGUGAGAUUUGUGCAUUAAUAUUUUAGUCCCUUUGGUGUAACGUUCUACAUUAAUACAUAAAGCAUCGCUCAGCUUUUGGUUUAAAACUAAUACACUAAUGUAGGGAUGCAAUAUAUUCUAAAUAGACAUCAAUAAUAUCCGAUGAAAUAGAUGGAUCACUUUAUUAGUCUUUCAGGUGGUGCUGGUGAUUUAAAUGUGAAUGUUUUGUUGCUAAUGUGCCUGUGUGAACCUGCAUGUGAGCAGCGUCUAAUAAACAUCUGCCAGUAGAACCCUUGUGUAAUAAGGUGGAGUAUUAAUAGGGUAACCUUUAUAUGUGCAAAAUGUUGAGUUUUAAUGAAAAACAUUUCUAUUGUCAGUCAGAUCAUCCUGGUAUUGAAAUGCAACAAAAAAAUAAAGUCUGAUAAUUUUUUCCAUGAUUUAUUUUAUGGAUCGUUAUGAUUCCGAAUAAAGUCAGCAGUGUUGGCCUCCCCAAAA